AUGGAAGCAUUUUUGUCAGAAGUUAUUACAAUGCAACAGCAGUGGGCUCAGCGAAUGGUAGCUGAACAACACCAAUUUUUCGAGAGAUUCUUGAAUAGAGGAGCAAGUCCAGUUUCCAGUUUAGCAUCGGUUUCUGUGGCAGUACCAAAGUUUCACAAUUUUGAUGAUGAACAAAAUGAUUUUGAUACGUAUAAAAGACAGCUUGAAGAGCAUUUUAAAGCAUACGGGGUAGAAGACAACGAUAAGAAGCGUUCAUUUUUCCUUUCGUGGGUCGGAGACAAAACUUUUCAUUUACUUCAAAAGCUUAUUGGAAAAAACAUACUUCAAAAUGCAUCAUAUACUGAAUUAAUUUCAAACUUAGACGAUCAUUACAAAACCAAGAUUCAUGUCAUUAAAAGUAGGUAUGAGUUUUAUAAAAGAGAAAAGCAUGAGGGCGAAACGUACAACCAGUGGGUUAUGGAGUUACGAGGUAAGGCAAGAGAGUGUAACUUUAUUUGUAAAAACAACAAUUGUAAUAGUGAAUAUGUAGAUCAAUUAAUAAGGGAUAUUGUUAUUUUAUAUACACCGGAUGAACCUGUACGUACUGCCGCAUUACACAAGGAUGAUCCUUCACUUCAAGAGGUGCUACAAAUAGCUGAAACGUUUGAAGCAACACAGAAAACACUGGAGACAUUAAAAAACAAAAAUCAAUUGGAUAAUGAAAUUUAUACAGUUAAGCCAUCUUAUAGUCAACAUUAUAAAAAUCGUCAAAACAAUCAAGAUAAAAAUGAGAAAUAUCAAAAGAAACCCUUACCGGCAUGCAACAAUUGUUUCAAAACGCAUGAGAAGAAAGACUGCAAAUUCCUCAAAGCACAAUGUUUCAAAUGCAAACGUAAAGGUCACAUUGCAUCAGUAUGUAAGUCUAUUCCAAUUAGUAAUGUUGAAGUUGAGUCUAUUGAUUCUGAUGUAACAAAUUGUAAUGUAAUAGAUGAGAUUAUAAAGAGAUGUGGUAAUAAGAUGUUAAUAGAUAUUCAGUUAAAUGAUCAGUUAGUACAAUUUCAAUUUGAUACUGGGGCUGGCCGAUCUAUUAUUGGUUUAAAUACUUAUAAGACAUUGAGAAAUGUUCAUUUGACUCCAUCCACUAUUAAGUUACAUGCUUACGGCAACUCAGAGAUCCCAGUUUUAGGAUCGUGUAGAGUAUAUGUAAAAAUUCGUGAAGAAGCGAAAGUUUUAGAUGUUAUUGUUGCCAAUUCAGAACAUUGCAACAAUAUAUUUGGUUUAAAUUGGUAUGAUGAAUUUAAAUCAGUACAGAUUUUUCGAAUAGAGGAAAAUUUAAAAAUAAAAUCAAUUUGUAACGAUUUUAAGGAAUUAUUCUCCAAAGAAUUGGGUCGUUGUAAUGUAAUGCAAGCUCAUAUUUAUAUGAAAUCGGAUGUUAGACCUAAGUUUUUCAAACCUAGACCUAUUCCAUAUGCUAUAGUUGAUACAUUCAAAGAAGAGGCUGAGAGAUUAACCAAAUUAGGUAUUUGGAAACCGGUAAAGUUUAGUCAGUGGGCUUCACCUCUCGUGAUAGUACCAAAGUCAAAUAAUAAGAUUCGUAUUUGUGCUGAUUUCAAAGUUACAAUUAAUCCCCAAAUGGAUGUUGAGCAAUAUCCUAUUCCAAGAAUUCGUGAUUUAUUUCACAAACUAAAGAACGGAAAGUUAUUUUCGAAAAUCGAUCUUUCUGAUGCUUAUUUGCAAAUCGAAGUUGACGAAGAAUCUAAAAAUUUACUAGUAGUGAAUACUCCAUUAGGGUUAUAUCAAUACCAACGUUUACCGUUUGGAGUAGCCAGUGCUCCAGCUAUUUUCCAAAGAUUAAUUGAACAGACAAUUUCCGGCAUUCCAGGCUGCGUUAAUUAUUUGGAUGAUAUAAUAUGUACCGGUUCUAAUGAUGAAGAUCAUAUUAAUAAUCUCAAACUUCUUUUAACUCGUUUGUAUGAUUCUGGUUUUCGAUGUAAUUUUGAAAAAUGCUCAUUUAUGCAACCAAAGAUAGAGUAUCUUGGUCAUAUUAUUAGUUUUUCUGGAAUUCAACAAUCCGAAAAUAGAACGGAAGCCAUUAGUAAGUUGCCUCGACCAAGAAAUAUUGCGGAACUUCAAUCGUUUUUAGGAAAAGUUAACUAUUACGCUUCAUUUAUCAAAAACUUCUCUACAAUUUGUGGUCCACUCAAUCUAUUAAGAAAGAAAAAUCAAAGCUUUUUCUGGGGGAAAGAACAAGAGAAUUCUUUUCAAGAACUUAAACAUCAGUUAGUUGAAAUGACUCAGUUAGCUCACUUUGAUGAAACACUACCCAUAGUUUUGGCGACAGAUGCUUCUUCAUAUGGUGUCGGCGCGGUUAUAUCUCACAUAUACCCUGAUGGAUCGGAACGUCCUAUUGCAUUUGCUUCAAAAACCUUAAAUGAAAAUAAAGAUAAGUCGUUCUCUGAAGAAUUACUACCAUACUACCGUCAUCGUAAUAGCUUGACAUUUAAUGGUGAUGUUAUAAUUUUACAAAAUAAUUAUAAUCGUGUCGUGAUUCCCAAACACCUAAGAAAACGUAUUAUACAACUUUUACAUCAAGGACAUUGGGGGAUAGUUAGAAUGAAACAAAUUGCGAGACGUUAUUGUUGGUGGCCGAAAAUUGAUGAUGAUAUUGCUAAACUCGUGUCGUCAUGUCAAGCUUGUUAUUCGCACUCAACAAAUCCACCAAAACAGUUUUCUCCCUGGCCAAAAGCAACGUUACCAUGGCAACGUAUUCAUUUGGAUUAUGCUGGUCCUUUCGAGAAAAACAUGUGGCUGAUAGUAGUCGAUUCUUUUUCUCAAUUUCCAUAUGUUAUAAAAAUGGAAAAUACUACUACAAUAUCUACGAUCAAAGCACUACAAAACAUAUUUUCAAUAGAAGGAUUACCAGAAACAAUUGUGACGGAUAACGGAACACAAUUUACGUCAAACGAUUUUAAAGUAUUCUGCCAAGUACAUGGUAUUGAACACCUCACUACAGCACCUUUUCAUCCUUCUUCGAAUGGUAAUGCAGAAAGGUUCGUACGUACAUUUAAAACUUCAAUUAAAAAACAAUUAACAGAUGGUUCAAGUUUACAAGCAUCAGUUCUUGCCUAUAUAACAACAUAUAGAACUAGUCCAAACUCAUGUGGAAAAUCGCCCGCAGAACUUUUACAUGGUCGACAACCUCGAACAUUGCUUUCUCUCUUAAGUCCUACCAGCACCCACACCUCAUGCUCUGAUACUUUAAAACCUCCUAUUAAAAUUAAUGAUAAUGUCUUGUGUCGAAACUUUUGGGAAGGGGAUAAAUGGAUACCCGGAAAAAUAAUAAAAACUAUUGGAAAUAUGAUGUUUCUAAUUGAUGUUGGAAAUAAAGUUUGGAAACGUCAUAUUAAUCAAAUUCGUUUGAAUAAAUCGCUAAAUAACUCUAAUUUUAAAAAUGUUUCCCAAUUAGCUCUUUCAUUAUUAGAAUCAGUUCAACCGUCACAACAAAGUCCUCAAACUUUUGAAAAUAUUGGAAAUAGUCAGAAUCAAAGUGAUGAAGUGAAUAAUCCUAGAGCCUUAAUGGAUGAAAAUCCAUCGGAAUCAAUUCCUGAAACUCCAUUAGCAAUAGCAGAACCACAACCACGCAAAUCAAGCCGCAUUAAGAAGAAGCCUGAUCGUUACUCUCCUUAG